CUCUCUUGAGAGAAAUCUUUUUUCCUUUUCAUCAGAUCUCGCGCCAGUGGCGCGAGGGUGGAGAAGAGGUUGUAUGUAGCUUGUAGAGAAAAUAUCGAUGUUGACCCCACGGUUGGGGCUGAGCUUGGUCGGGCAUUGCCCCUCGAGCUGAAGCUUCGGUCGCCGAACUCCAGCUAGCCCGCGAGUCAUCCCGAUGACGUUGGAUUGCCACCAUCUUGUCCCGCAUAUAUAACCUCCUUCCUGCUCCCAACCUGUCGCUGAAUAACAAACCACCUGACUUAAUUUGACUGCUUGUCUUGUCUAUCUCUUUUCUCACUCAACCACAAGCCUACCUACCUACACAACUUGCACUCACUCAACACGCAAAUCAACCAUCCAAAAUGCCUAUCCCAAUCCCCCCCGCCCUGGACGAGACCACCCAGUCCUCACUCGCCACCGAGCACAACACUACCUCCACCUCCACCAACACCACAAACCCAAGCUUCUCCUCGUCAUCGACCUCGCAAUCCGACGACGACAGACCACUGAGCAAGGAGGAAGCCGACCGGUUAUACGAAGAGAGAAUGGAGGAAGAGUACGCGAAGCGCGAGGGGGAGGCAAGAAUGCACAUCUACAGCGGUCUUGUCCUUUUCGCCCUUAUACUUAAGACCCUAGCAACCGCCUCGCCAGACGCUAGCGAUGGACCACUGCCACAACCGGGCCUCCGUGAUCCUAGACCGAAUCUAGCUACGCACACCAUCACUAUCCCAGAAAUUCAGAUUCCUACAUCCGUUGAGCUGGUGCUCCGGACCGCACUCCCGACAUCCUAUCUCUCCCAGUUGACCGACCCGUCCGCUCGGGCGUCUCUCAUCAGCGAGAUUCGAGAUGGUUUUUGCCCUGAGUGGUAUAGCACGCUGCCUGCGGAUGUGAAGCACUUCUUUUCUACGGCUUACACGGCUGCUGAUCUGUGCCAUAAGAAGUCUCGUGGUGGAGUGCCUGCACCUGCACCGACUGGCCUGGGGCCUGGGGCGAUGGGUGUCGCUGCGGUCAUGGGCGUGGUGAACGCUCUAUGA